AUGCACUUCGUUGAGUGAGAUCAUCACCAUGUCGUGCUGUGGAGGCAACUGCGAAUGCAGCAACGACUGCGGAGGGUAAAUUAUCUCCAAUCUCCUCCUAAUCUCUGCGUUCGAUCUCUCUGUCUUUACGCCUUCUUUCUCAACCUUUUCUUUCAUCUCUCCUCGAACGUACGCACGCACGAACGAAUCUGCUUUGGAGAGGGGGAAAAAGGACCUCUUCUCUGAGAUAGGUCACGCACGCUGUCUAUUUGUUUAUCGUUUCCAUGGGGAGAUCUGCAACGCCAAGUCGUUGUGUCGCGGCCCGUCGAUCUCCGUCCGCGUGAUAGCAGUCGGUUUAAAAAGAGGAGAUUAUCCUUAAUUAAUUACACCUAAUUAUCAUAAUUCUUAUAACAAAACUUACGUAUGGCUUGGCUGCCUGUUGCAGCUUUGCUUCUCCCAAGUUUUUUCUAGGCUGUUUCUGGGACGAAAUCAUCACUACCUUUGUCUGAAAAAUUGAACAGGGCUCGAUGUGGGGGGGCGAUUCAUUGACUCAUUGUACGGACAUGAUGACAUCCACGGCCUGGAUUACUGGGCUAAGAAGUGCGCGGAUUAUUUGUCGUCAGACCCACCUGAUGUGAAGCUUGGCAUAGGUGGCUUUGGCAUGGGAGCGGCCGUUGCAUUAUAUUCUGCCCAAUGCUUUGCCAUGGGUAGAUUCGCUAAUGGGUUACCAUACCCGCCAAUCACCCUUGAUUUUGUGAUUGGGUUUAGCGGCUGGCUUCCCUUCUCAGGGAUGGAGAGCUCAGGGACGACUGCUCGCAGGAGAGCCGCUCACUUAAAAAUCCUGCUCUUGCAUGGAGACGAUGAUCCUCAAGUACCAUAUGAAACCAGUAUAUGGUACGCUGAGUUUCUGCGAACCUCAGGAUUUUCAGUGGAUUUUAGAACCUUCAACAGACUGCAGCAUUUUUGGACGUACCGUGAGAUGGAUUAUGUCAAGCAGUGGCUCCGCCCUAGGAUCGCAGUGCCCAGACGCCAUGGAAGGCUGUAGUUUAGUACUCCCUCUGUAAACAAAUAUAAGAUCGUUUAGAUUACUAAUAUAGUGAUCUAAACAAUCUGAGAGGCUGUAGUUUAGUAAGUACUAAAGAGGAUGGCAGUAUUGUAUGGCAGUAAGUACUAAAGAGGAUGGCAGCAUUGUAUGGCAGUAAGUACUAAAGAGGAUGGCUGUAUUGUAUGGCAGUAAGUACUAAAGAGGAUGGCGGUAUUGUAUGGCAGUAAGUACUAAAGAGGAUGAACAUUUGCAAUUUCCAGUGAA